AAGACGAUUUUUUUCUUGAUGAUUCUGUAUGGGAACAUUUUUUUCAAAAACUAACUGAAGAGACUGAUGAUUUUAAAUUUUUUGUUCAAAAAAUAGUUGGAGUAUAUGGUAUAUCAGCUGAUGAAGUUAAUAUAUAUCAAGGCAAUAAUCGUACUGAUAUUGUUGUAAAACAUAUCGAUUCAAAACAGGAAAACCAUUUUAAUCUUAUUUAUAAUAAUGUAGAAAUAAGUGUUAAAUUUGGAUUCCUUCUUAGAAAAGCUUUUC